GCUCACCUUCCCUGGAUCUGGAGGAGCUCGAAUGGCCGGGCUAGCUGUCUUUGGGCUUCAGUCGCAGGCAUCGACAGCUUGUGCUUCCUUGUUUGGCACCACAAAAGUUCGACCUGGCUGAGCCUUUGUGGGAGAAAUCCUUCCCGAGCAGGAUGGCUGAACGCGAGCUUGUGAAGUCAUGCAAGCUAUGAGUGUGAAGUGCCCGUCAUCAAUAUUGCUGCUCGCACCCCUAACUCCUGAGCAGGUUGCUCUUUUUGCUACCGUUACUUGCUUGUCCGCUUGCUUGCUCGACGAUUUUGCAUCACAGCGAUUAGGCCUAGGUGGCCUGGAAAUGGCUUCAUUUGAGGCUAGUUCCAGGGAACCCGAUCGUCCAGUCGGUGAUCGGAUUGAGGAUGUUGGCCAAUGGCGGCGAUAUCUUUCAUUUUCCUCGCUUUGCGGAAUACUCCGUUGGUGUCUUAUUUCUCUCUUUUCUUUGCUUUUUUUUCGUUUGUUUUGGCCGAUCGAAUGACGGGGCUGGGUUGGGGCCUGGCGAUCGUUGCAAGCCUCGCUGCUCCACCGAUUGCAUGGCAAAAUAAGGCAGGGAUGCCUAGCUAGUCUCUUACAUCAUUCAUGAUUGUGUCCACUGUGGGCGUUUUAGCAGAUCUGAUAUUUUAGGGCGACAAGCCCAAAA